CUUAUUUGGACCAGUGUGGACAGUAGCAAACCCAGCUCACUUGUUUCCUGGGACAGUUGAGUUAGGGGAUGGCUUUUGCAGAGCACUCACCGCUGACCCCUCACCGCCGGGACCUCUGUAGCCGCUCUAUCUGGCUAGCAAGGAAGAUUCGUUCAGACCUGACUGCUCUUUUGGAAUCUUAUAUGAAGCAUCAGGGCCUGAACGAGAACAUAAACCUGGACUCUGUGGAUGGUGUCCCAUUGGCAAGCACUGAUCAGUGGAGUGAGCUGACUGAGGCAGAGCGACUCCAAGAGAACCUCCAAGCUUACCGUGCCUUCCAUGUUAUGUUGGCCAGGCUUUUAGAAGACCAGCAGGUGCAUUUAACUCCAGCUGAAGGGGAUUUCCAUCAAGCAAUACAUACCAUUCUACUCCAAGUUGCUGCCUUUGCUUACCAGCUGGAGGAAUUAAUGAUGUUCCUGGAACACAAGAUACCCCCCAACGAGGCUGAUGGGAUGCCCAUCAUUGGUGGAGAUGGUGGUCUCUUUGAGAAGAAGCUAUGGGGCCUAAAGGUGUUGCGAGAGCUUUCACAGUGGACAGUGAGGUCCAUCCAUGACCUUCGAGUCAUUUCUCAUCAGACUGGGAUUCCAACGCAUGGGAGCCAUUAUAUUGCUAAUGACAAGAAAAUAUAACAGUUAUCCCUCCUCUCUCUCCCUCCUUCCUU